AUGGACCUCAGCACCAUUCCAGCGGGUACGCCACCGCCGGGCAUCACCCCCGGCCUUGAGAACCCGCCGACUCUUCUGUUUGCCGUCUUUGUCACUUCGCUAGUCGUGCAGAUCCUGGUCUUCCCUUUUGUCCUUCUCCGCCUCUGCAUCAACAUUUGUACGCGCCGCUUCCACCCGGAAGAUGGCUUCUUAUACAUCGCCUGGUGCGCCUUCACGGUUCAGACGGGGCUCACCGUGUACAACAGCAACACGGGCAUGGCACGCCACGUCUGGGACGUCGACUUUGCCACGGUUCUCGAGGGAAGCUACCAGUACAGCAACAUCUUCAUCUGCUAUGCGAUAGCCGGGGGCUUUGCAAAAGCCACCGUGUUCCUGCAGUUCAAGAAGAUCUUCACGUCGCAGAUUCGCGACACGGUGUACUGGGUCAUCAUCGCAUCUCUGGCCGUCAACGCACUCGCAUACACAGUCCUGCUCUUCCUGUACAUCUUCAACUGCUGGCCGCGCGAGAAGCUGCGAGACCCCACUAUCCCCGGCCACUGCAUCGACUGGACCAAAUCCAUCAUCGCGAUUGGAAUCGUCAAUCUCAUAUCGGAUAUCGAGGCGUUUUGCGUGCCGGCCUGGGCCAUUUGGAGACUGCAGCUUGAAGUCAAGAAGAAGUUUGAAGUGUUUGCCGUGUUUGCCGUCGGUGCCGUCGCUAUUGCCAUUGCAUGCACUGGACUCUAUUAUCGUUUCCGCCUGGUGCAGGACAGGGACACGACAUGGCAGCUUACAAAGACUGCAAUAUUAUGUAGCUCGGAACUGGGAAGCGUCAUUAUUGUUGCAUGUUGUCCGUCUAUACCACGCCUGUUCCGGAAACAAAUUCGCCGUGCAUCGCCCUGUAGUGGCUAUAGCAAUGGCUGCUGCCACUCAGCGUCGAAUUCAGGAUCAAAGCCAGCGAGUGAGGCGCUCGACGACAGCCGUGGAAAGGCAGUACAACGCUCCAACUCGGUAAUAACACUGCAGAUGUACGGGUAUGCGAACAGCAUCAAUCCUCGAGAGAGCGAGGACAUAACAUCCUUUGGUGGUGAAGAGGACCUGGCCAAUACACCCAGGUCCAUUCUUCCCAACGACACAAGAGUCUAG